AUGCCCACGGUCAUGGGCAGCGCCUUUGGACCGCCAAGCAUGCCUCUGCAAGAUGCCCAGGUCACCCAAUUCACCCAGCCGGAGCAGCCUACAUCCAUGGAGCUGUACAAGUCUUAUUGUACAGCCACUGGAAUUGAACCUCCACUGUGGGCAGUCAACCAGAACGGAAGUCGAAUUGCCGCGCACGUGUCUGUUGCUGCGGUAGAGGAACGAUGCUUGGAUGCGUUCUACCAUCACUUCCAUGCCUCUCAUCCGUUCGUCCUGCCCAAGGCCUUCCUUUUGCACAUGUCGAAGGAGGCCGCUGUGAAGCCGGUAUUAGCAGCAGUGAGAUGGGUUGGCUCAAUUUUUCUCGAUGUCGGCAGCCUUGUUCGAGAACGGCUAUUCAAUGAAGUAUUUAGCCUAAUAUAUGCCGCGAAUCGGUCCAAAGACGGAUUCCUGGUUCAAGCCAUGAUGCUCCUUGUUGUCGUUCUUGACGGAAGCUGCCAGCAGGACAAAGCAAGGGGUAUAUUGAGCGAUGUGGAAGCCCUUGCGCUGGAGUUGGGGCUGAACAAUCGAGAAUUUGCGGUAAACCAUGGUCAGGGAAUUCCCACGCUGGAAGAAAGCUGGCGGCGCACUUGGUGGGAUUUGUUUGUUAUUGACGGAAUGAUUGCUGGCGUCCACCGCGUGACGAGUUUUCUUUUGUUUGAUGUCCCGGCUAGGGCCGCGUUGCCUUGCGAAGAAGAUGAAUAUUUGUCCUCUCGAAUUCCCAUCCCGCUCUAUUUGGAAGACCUUGAGGAUCAAGACUUUUCUGGGGAAGACCGCGAAUUCUCCUCCUUUGCAUACCGAGUACUGUGUGCUCGGAAUUUAGGAAAAUUGAUGCGAUCACCUGCCUUUUUUGGGCCGGAAGACGAAAAUCUGGGUAAGAUCGAAACGCUUCUCACAAACUGGCGGCUUCAUCUCCCACCGUCGAAGCGAGAUGCUUUGCAAAAGAAUGGAAAGCUGGACGAGAUGAUGUUUCAGGCACACAUGAUGAACCAGGCCACUUCCAUCAUGCUUCACCAACCGCACUCCCAACUCGACUCCUCGCCGACUCAAGACAUCAACUCUUGCGCUCCUCACCAGUCCAUCCCCGGGGGCGACCUGUUCAAUUCGCAUACUCGACAUACAAUCGAAUCUGCCAACACGAUCAGUACCAUGAUCACGCACCGCGUGCCGCUCCUUUCGCAUACGCAUUUUUUCACGUGCGUUAUCACGCUAUCGUCAAUUGUCCAUUUGAGCAGGUGGGCCUUGUUCUUCAUACCCCACGACGACGACGAUCUUCGACAGCAAAUUCGUCUGAAUAUUGGGGCGUUGAACCACCUUUCUGAGAUUUGGAGUGCUGCUGAUCGUGCCCGUGGACAGGUCAAGGCGGUGGCGCAGGAAAUUUACAAGGUGAAGAAGCAACAACGGUCCAAUUCGCAGUUCUGGCUGGGGCUUUCUCAGGAGGACAUGCUCAACACGAUUGCCACGGACGAUUCCAUCAUUAACGAGAUUGAGAAUUUCGAACCAAUGCCUAGUCUGCUAGGGUGA